GGCGCUGCGGGCGCCUGCGCAGUGGUGAGGGCCGCGCGCGCGCCGAGGGGCAGCCGGAGUUCUGAGUGGGCCAAAGCGUGGUCGCGGCUGCUUGCCCGGGACGGCCGCACCAUGGCUGAGGAGGAGCUCGAGGCGCUGAGGAAGCAGAGGCUGGCCGAGCUGCAGGCGAAGCAUGGGGAUCCUGGUGAUGCAGCACAACAGGAAGCAAAGCACAGGGAAGCAGAAAUGAGAAACAGUAUCUUAGCCCAAGUUCUGGAUCAGUCAGCCCGGGCCCGGUUAAGUAACUUAGCACUUGUAAAGCCUGAGAAAACUAAAGCAGUAGAGAACUACCUUAUACAGAUGGCACGAUAUGGACAGCUAAGUGGGAAGGUAUCAGAGCAAGGUUUAAUAGAAAUCCUCGAAAAAGUAAGCCAACAAACAGAAAAGAAAACAACAGUUAAAUUCAACAGAAGAAAAGUAAUGGACUCUGAUGAAGAUGACGAUUAUUGAAUUUAAGAUGUUUAGAGACUGGAACUUAAUGGAACAAUUCUAGGACAGAUAAUACCUGGCAGAAGUUAAGAUCUGACGGGAAGUUUACUUUGUUUAUUGUCCAUAUACCUUUUAAAAAUAAACUUGUUAUGCAAAAUAAAA